GAAAGCCAUAUAUGCCUAGGCUUUGGGGCAGGGAACAAAAGGAAGAAGGUAGAUUUGACAGAAAAUUCAGUUGUGAGACAACCGAUAUUCCUGUCUCCAUCGGUACAAGAAGAUGUGAGAACCCAGCCCAACAGGGAUCAAUCAAAGACUCAUGCAGUCUCCUUGGGGCAAAUCCUCCAAGUAAUGAGUGGCUGUGAUAGGAAGUCUAGCUAGAGUAGACUGUGGGCCAGAGGCCACUGGCCUGGGUUUUAAUUCCGUCUUUAGCAAUGCUCUCCUUCAGUCACCUUAUUCAAGAGGCUCCAUGUCUGCCUCUGUGGAAAGAGAACACCUCUUCCAGAGGGCAGCCACCAUCACCAUAGGAUCAGGCCAAGGCUAGACGCCACAGGAAACAGAUUAAGAUCUAGGAGCUAAGCCCUCUGGCAGAGUGUCACUACAAGACACGGUUGCCAAGGAUGAGGCCAGCUCCACUAGGGGGCGCGCGCCCCAAGUUGACCUUCCCCAUAGGCAAUCGACUCCUGGGUGCUGCCCCAGGGACACCUGCAUUCUCGCCUAGCAUCCCCAGUGGUCAGAGGAGGAAGCGUCGAGACCAGGCGCGCAUGCCUCAGGCUCGGUCCCCAUUACUUUGGUCUGGGUACCUUCCCCAGCUUCCUUCAGGUCUGAGAAGCAGCCUUGUUCAUCUUAGUCCGUGAGGUCAGGAGCAGAAAAUGCAUCCAGGACAGGUGGACAACUUGAGCUUGCUCAGGACAGGAGAAAGGAGGCUCAGGUGCGCUUGUCCAGGCAGACGCCAUCUGUCUUUCCAGUCUCCGGGUCUGCUCUGCGUCGCCCGCAGCUCCUCACGGGUUAAUCCCCUCGCCGCCCGCUCGCUUCUCGGUGCCAAAGAGGGUGUUGCUGGAAUUCUUGUCUCCCGUAAUAAGGGGGCCGAGCUGUCCCUCCAAGGAGGGGGGGCAUGGCGUGGAUAAAAGAGACGAAAAAGCAGGGGGCGGUUUCCAAAAAUAAAACCCUCCGGUUCCCCUUCAGACGGCGGCAGUGCGGACGCGAAGGUGCGGCAGACUCGGGCUCGGUGCGCAGCCCGGGCAGCUCACGCCAUACAGUCCUUGCCUGGGAACCCCCGGACCCCAAGACGUCUGUUUCAGAGGUCCCCUAGACGGGAAGGGGCACGCCGCCAGGCGGGACUGUGGAGCGAACGAUGGAGAGCACCUCCCUGCGAGGUCUCCGGUGCCCACAGCUCUGCAGCCACUCUGGCGCCAUGAGGGCGCCGACCACCGUCCGCUGCUCCGGACGCAUCCAAAGGGCGCGUUGGAGGGGCUUCCUGCCACUUGUCCUGGCUCUCUUGAUGGGGACAAGUCAUGCCCAAAGGGAUUCCGUGGGGAGAUACGAACCAGCUAGCCGGGAUGCCAAUCGGUUGUGGCGCCCCGUGGGCAACCACCCCGCAGCGGCUGCAGCCAAGGUGUACAGUCUGUUCCGAGAGCCCGACGCGCCGGUCCCCGGCUUGUCGCCCUCUGAGUGGAAUCAGCCGGGCCAGGGGAUCCCUGGGAGGCUCGCAGAGGCCGAGGCCAGGAGACCGUCCCGAGCCCAGCAGCUGCGUCGAGUCCAGUCACCUGUCCAGACUCGGAGAAGCAAUCCCCGAGGCCAGCAGCCACCAGCAGCCCGGACCGCACAUUCCGUCGUGCGCCUGGCGACCCCUCAGCGACCCGCGGCUGCACGCCGAGGGCGGCUCACCGGGAGAAAUGUCUGCGGGGGACAGUGCUGCCCUGGAUGGACGACAUCGAACAGCACCAACCACUGUAUCAAACCUGUGUGUCAGCCUCCCUGUCAGAACCGGGGCUCCUGCAGCCGGCCCCAGCUCUGCAUCUGCCGUUCUGGCUUCCGUGGGGCACGCUGCGAGGAGGUCAUCCCUGAGGAGGAGUUUGACCCUCAGAAUGCCAGGCCUGUGCCCAGACGCUCAGUGGAGGGAGCACCUGGCCCUCACAGGAGCAGCGAGGCCAGAGGAAGUCUAGUGACCAGAAUACAGCCGCUGCCACCACCACUACCACCACCUCCAUCUAGGACCCUCAGCCAGACCCGUCCCCUGCAGCAGCAUGCAGGACUGUCCAGAACAGUUCGUCGUUAUCCGGCCACUGGUACCAAUGGCCAACUGAUGUCCAACGCUCUGCCUUCAGGACCAGGACCUGAGCUGAGAGACAGCAGCCAACAGGCAGCACACAUGAACCAUCUCUCACACCCCUGGGGGCUGAACCUCACCGAGAAAAUCAAGAAGAUUAAGGUCGUCUUCACUCCCACCAUCUGCAAGCAGACCUGUGCCCGGGGCCGCUGUGCCAACAGCUGUGAGAAGGGUGACACCACCACCCUGUACAGUCAGGGCGGCCAUGGGCAUGACCCCAAGUCUGGCUUCCGUAUCUAUUUCUGCCAAAUCCCCUGCCUGAAUGGAGGCCGCUGCAUUGGCCGGGACGAGUGCUGGUGUCCAGCCAACUCUACAGGGAAGUUCUGCCAUCUGCCUGUCCCACAGCCAGACAGGGAGCCUCCAGGACGAGGCUCCCAGCACAGAGCCCUGCUGGAAGGGCCAUUGAAGCAAUCCACCUUCACGCUGCCUCUCUCCAACCAGCUGGCCUCUGUGAACCCCUCGCUGGUGAAGGUACAAAUUCACCACCCGCCUGAGGCCUCCGUGCAGAUCCACCAGGUGGCCCGGGUCCGGGGUGAGGUGGACCCUGUGCCAGAGGACAACAGUGUGGAGACCAGAGCCUCUCAUCGCCCCCAUGGCAGCUCAGGCCACAGCCACUGGGCCAGCAACAGCAUACCCGCUCGGGCUGGAGAGGCCCCUCGGCCACCACCAGUGCCGUCCAGGCAUUAUGGACUUCUGGGCCAGUGUUACCUGAGCACGGUGAAUGGACAGUGUGCUAACCCCCUAGGGGAGCUGACUUCUCAGGAAGACUGCUGUGGCAGUGUGGGGACCUUCUGGGGGGUGACUUCCUGUGCCCCAUGCCCACCCAGACCAGCCUUCCCCGUGAUUGAAAACGGCCAGCUGGAGUGUCCCCAAGGGUAUAAGAGACUAAACCUCAGCCAUUGCCAAGACAUCAAUGAGUGCCUGACCCUGGGCCUGUGCAAGGAUUCAGAGUGUGUGAACACCAGGGGCAGCUACCUGUGCACCUGCAGGCCCGGCCUCAUGCUGGAUCCAUCAAGGAGCCGCUGUGUAUCGGACAAGGCUGUCUCCAUGAAACAGGGACUCUGUUACCGGUCACUGGUGUCUGGCACCUGCACCCUGCCUUUGGUACAACGGAUCACCAAGCAGAUAUGCUGUUGCAGCCGUGUGGGCAAAGCCUGGGGCAGCAAAUGUGAACACUGCCCCCUGCCUGGCACAGAAGCCUUCAGGGAGAUCUGCCCUGCUGGCCAUGGCUACGCCUACUCAAGCUCAGACAUCCGCCUGUCUAUGAGGAAAGCUGAGGAAGAGGAACUGGCUAGCCCCGUAAGGGAACAGAGACAGCAGAGCAGUGGACCCCCACCUGGGGCAGCAGAAAGGCAGCCACUCCGGGCAGCCACUGCCACCUGGAUUGAGGCUGAGACCCUCCCUGACAAAGGUGACUCUCGGGCUAUUCAGAUUACAACCAGUGCUCCCCACCUACCUGCCCGGGUACCAGGGGAUGCCACUGGAAGACCAACGCCAUCAUUGCCUGGACAGGGCAUUCCAGAGGGUCCAGCAGAAGAGCAGGUGAUCCCUUCCAGUGAUGUCCUGGUGACGCACGGUCCCCCAGGCUUUGAUCCAUGUUUCGCUGGAGCCUCCAACAUCUGUGGCCCUGGGACCUGUGUGAAGCUCCCAAAUGGAUACAGAUGUGUCUGCAGCCCUGGUUACCAGCUACACCCCAGCCAGGACUACUGUACUGAUGACAACGAGUGUCUGAGGAACCCCUGUGAAGGAAGAGGGCGCUGUGUCAACAGUGUGGGCUCCUACUCCUGCCUCUGCUACCCAGGCUACACACUAGCCACCCUAGGAGACACACAGGAGUGCCAAGAUGUGGAUGAGUGUGAGCAGCCGGGGGUGUGCAGCGGUGGACGAUGCAGCAACACUGAGGGCUCGUACCACUGCGAGUGUGAUCAGGGCUACGUCAUGGUCAGAAGAGGACACUGCCAAGAUAUCAACGAAUGCCGUCACCCUGGUACCUGCCCUGAUGGGAGAUGCGUCAACUCCCCUGGCUCCUACACUUGUCUGGCCUGUGAGGAGGGCUACAUAGGGCAGAGCGGGAACUGUGUAGAUGUGGACGAGUGUGCCAGCCGAGCCUCAUGCCCCACCGGCCUCUGCCUCAACACGGAGGGCUCCUUCACCUGCUCAGCCUGUCAGAGUGGGUACUGGGUGAACGAAGAUGGCACUGCCUGUGAAGACCUGGAUGAAUGUGCCUUCCCCGGAGUCUGCCCCACAGGCGUCUGCACCAACACUGUGGGCUCCUUCUCCUGCAAGGACUGCGACAGGGGCUUCCGGCCCAGCCCCCUGGGCAACAGCUGUGAAGAUGUGGAUGAGUGUGAAGGUCCCCAGAACAGCUGCCUGGGAGGCGAGUGCAAGAACACAGAUGGUUCCUACCAGUGCCUCUGUCCCCAGGGCUUCCAGCUGGCCAAUGGCACCGUGUGUGAGGAUGUGGACGAAUGUGUUGGGGAAGAACACUGCGCUCCUCAUGGCGAAUGCCUCAACAGCCCGGGGUCCUUCUUCUGUCUCUGUGCACCCGGCUUUGCUAGUGCUGAGGGGGGCACCAGAUGCCAGGAUGUUGAUGAAUGUGCAACCACAGAGCCGUGUCUGGGAGGACACUGUGUCAACACCGAGGGCUCCUUCAACUGUCUGUGUGAGACUGGCUUCCAGCCCGCCCCAGACAGUGGAGAGUGUGUGGAUAUUGAUGAGUGUGAGGACCAAGGAGACCCAGUGUGUGGAGACUGGAGGUGUGAGAACAGCCCCGGUUCCUACCGCUGUGUCCUGGGCUGUCAGCCUGGCUUCUAUGUGGCGCCCACUGGAGACUGCAUUGACAUAGAUGAAUGUGCAAAUGAUACUGUGUGUGGGAACCAUGGCUUCUGUGACAAUACGGAUGGCUCCUUCCGCUGCCUGUGUGACCAGGGCUUCGAGACCUCACCCUCAGGCUGGGAGUGUGUUGAUGUGAACGAGUGUGAGCUCAUGCUGGCAGUGUGUGGGGAUGCACUCUGCGAGAACGUGGAAGGCUCCUUCCUGUGCCUUUGUGCCAGUGACCUUGAGGAGUAUGAUGCAGAAGAAGGACACUGCCGUCCUCGGGUGGCUGGAGCUCAGAGAAUCCCAGAGGUCCCAACAGAGGAGCAGGCUGCAGGCCUUACCGGCAUGGAGUGCUAUGCUGAACACAAUGGUGGUCCUCCAUGCUCUCAAAUCUUGGGCCAGAACUCCACACAGGCUGAGUGCUGCUGCACCCAGGGUGCCAGAUGGGGGGAAACCUGUGAUCCCUGCCCAUCUGAGGACUCAGUUGAAUUCAGUGAGCUGUGCCCCAGUGGUCAAGGUUACAUCCCAGUGGAAGGGGCCUGGACAUUUGGACAAGCCAUGUAUACAGAUGCCGACGAGUGCAUACUGUUUGGGCCUGCUCUCUGCCAGAAUGGCCGAUGCCUCAACACAGUGCCUGGCUACAUUUGCCUGUGCAACCCUGGCUACCACUAUGAUGCCGUCAGCAGGAAGUGCCAGGAUCACAACGAAUGCCAGGACUUGGCCUGUGAGAACGGCGAGUGUGUGAACACAGAAGGCUCCUUCCACUGCUUCUGCAGUCCCCCCCUCAUCCUAGACCUCAGCGGACAGCGCUGUGUGAACAGUACCAGCAGCUCAGAGGACUUCCCUGACCAUGACAUCCACAUGGACAUCUGCUGGAAAAAAGUCACCAAUGACGUGUGCAGCCAGCCCUUGCGUGGGCACCAUACUACCUAUACAGAGUGCUGCUGCCAAGACGGGGAGGCCUGGAGCCAGCAGUGUGCUCUGUGCCCCCCCAGGAGCUCUGAGGUCUAUGCUCAGCUGUGCAAUGUGGCUCGGAUUGAGGCAGAGAGGGAAGCAGGGAUCCACUUCCGGCCAGGAUAUGAGUAUGGCCCUGGCCCAGAUGAUCUACCUGAAACCCUCUACGGCCCAGAUGGAGCCCCUUUCUAUAACUACCUGGGCCCUGAGGACACUGUUCCUGAGCCUCCCUUCUCCAACACAGCCAGUCAUUUGGGAGACAACACACCCAUCCUUGAGCCUCCUCUGCAGCCCUCUGAACUUCAGCCCCACUAUAUCCCCAGCCAUUCAGAACCCCUGGCUUCCUUCGAAGGCCUUCAGGCUGAGGAAUGUGGCAUCCUGAAUGGCUGUGAGAAUGGCCGCUGUGUGCGUGUGCGCGAGGGCUACACUUGUGACUGCUUUGAAGGCUUCCAGCUGGAUACAGCCCUCAUGGCCUGUGUGGAUGUGAAUGAGUGUGAAGACCUGAACGGGCCUGCGGCACUCUGUGCGCAUGGUCACUGCGAGAACACAGAGGGUUCCUAUCGCUGCCACUGUUCCCCUGGUUACGUGGCAGAGCCCGGGCCCCCACACUGUGCAGCCAAGGAGUAGGAGUGAGAGAUCAUGGUGGGCAGCUAUGUGGAAAUGGCUUCAGCCAUAGGCUGGGGACUUAAGGUUGCUUCCCUAGCUGGGAAGACGUGACUGGGAAGACCCCGUGAUGCCAUCAGGCCAGGGCUCUGGAGCCCAGUUCCGCCAGCCUCGCCUCCUUUUUAUCUCUUCCGGCUUAACUCUGGGUGUGAAUUCCGUCACUGCCUCUAUGCCACUGCUUGGCUCAGACACCACAAAUAUUUUAAUGCUUUAGCCACUGGCCGUGAGACACAGCCCACAGUCUGUCCUCGGGGCCACACUUUAGAGCGCCCAUCAGAAGAGUCCUCGUGCACUCCUCUUAGGCUGUGCAGACACUGCAGGCACCCCCUUCCAUCUGUGAUCUACACAUCAUCUCGAUGGUUCUGUAACGGGGACAGUGGCUACAUCCACCUGGGGAUGGCCCUUCACAGUGAAUGGAGCAGGAGAGGGUCUGGGGAGUAGCUCCAAUGCCACCUCUCAGAACCACCACCAGCACUGGGUGGCGUGAGUUCUUUUUGCUACUCCUCCAUCCCAUAGACAGUUCUGCGGCCCCGAGAAGGGACCAGUUUCCCUCACCUCAGAGGAUGAAGACUAAUACUAACUUGCUGAGUGUAAGAAACGAAAGAAGAGGAAUAACGAGUCUGAGAAAGUGUGGCAAGAGAGUGAUACGGAAAACAUGGGAGUCCAUAUGAAAGGAGGAGCCAAGAGUUAGACAAAACACGAAGUCGCUUUGGGCAAAUCAGUCCAAGCCUCCUUAGAGCUUCUGUGUGCCUGCAGGGAGGCUCGCCACAAGCUCUGGCGCCCAUCUGCAAACACCUUUAUUAGGCUCAUCUGUUCCCCACAGGAAAACCUAAAUAGAUGGCCUAACAAUAUAAAGGCAGAGCAAGCCAGAUUUUCAAAGUUGUUUCUCUCCUCCACUCAGAAGCACUUGCCCUUGCUUCCUCUAAGAGAUGCACUUCCACACCAGCUAGCUGGGGGUUCAGGAGCGUGGGGGAAUAAAAUGUUCAUCUGGC